UCCUGAUCCUUGUCUCUGUAUCCUGGGUUCUGGGAAAACAGGUACCUGCCUUCCUGCGGGAGAUCUUAUUUCAGGGUCUUCAGCUCCACAGGUGUGGGAAGCGCCGAAGAAGGGGACUUAAGAGCAGUCUGGUUUGAGGAGGUGUGAAAGAUGCUGGCAGAACCAGUCCCAGAUGCUCUGGAACAAGAGCAGUUCGGAGCGGUGAAACUGGAGGAGGAUGACUUGCCUGGCGAGGAGGAUCCCAGAAUAAUAGAGGUCAGGCCUCGGCCAGAGGUGGCCCACCAGCUCUUCAGAUGCUUCCAGUACCAGGAAGACAUGGGGCCUCGGGCAUCCCUGGGCCGGCUCCGGGAACUCUGCAACCACUGGCUGCGGCCGGCGCUGCACACCAAAAAGCAGAUUCUGGAGCUGCUGGUGCUGGAGCAGUUCCUGAGCGUCCUGCCCCCGCAUGUGCUGAGCCGCCUGCAGGGCCAGCCACUCAGGGAUGGAGAGGAGGUGGUACAGCUGCUGGAGGGCGUGCCCAAAGACUCCAGCCACGUGGGGCCGCUGGACUUUAGCUUCAGUGCCGGCAAGAAUGCCCCUGCAGACAUUGUCUCAGAGGGGCAGCAGAGCCCUUCCCAGGUCCCCAGCCAAAGCCCUAAAAGGGAGCUGCCCUUGGAAGAGACUCCAGCCCUGCACCCGUUGAACGAAUUACCCCCAUCUCAGCCAGUUCCCACCAGGCCUGCUGAACCUGAGGAGUGGAGACUUGCACCAAGUUCAAAUUGGCCAGUGAGCCCAGAGCCCCAGGACCCACAAGAAAGCCACCCUUCUCAGGGCCCCUCAUGGCUUGAGGAGAGUUCCAGAGACCAAGAGCUGGCAGCUGUGUUGGAGUCCCUUACCUUUGAGGACACCUCAGAGAAGAAAGCCUGGCCUGCAAACCCUCUUGGACUUACGAGCAGAAUGCCUGACCAGGAGGAACUUAAAGCUGAAGAACCUAAAUCUACUAUCUGGCCUGUCAUCAUUUUAUCCGAGUCCCAGGCAGAGGGCCCUGGAGUCAUAGUAGAGCCCCCGUCCCAGACAGCAGAGCAGGAGGCAAGCGGUACUGGUUGGGGAGGGACCCCUGCUGACAGCAGUGAAGUUGUGGAGGUCAGAGUAGGCGCCCCAGAGUCUGAGACAGAGUCGCAGUUUAUCUGCACGGAGUGUGGAGUCAGCUUCCUGCAGCUGUCCGGCCUUCAGGCCCACCAGCUACAGGCCCACCCGGGCUCUCAAUCUCAGCCAAGCUCUCGUUCCUUCCGAUGUCUGUGGUGCGGAAAGACUUUUGGGCGCAGCUCCAUCCUCAAGCUGCACGUGCGCAUACACACAGAUGAGAGACCCCAUGCCUGUCACCUCUGCAGCCACCGCUUCCGCCAGAGCUCACACCUGGCGAAGCACUUGCUAACGCAUUCCUCGGAGCCUGCCUUCCGAUGUGCUGAGUGUGACCAGGGCUUCCAGCGUCGCUCCAACCUCAUGAAGCACCUGCUGGCACAUUCCCAGGAACAAAAUCCCACACCAGACCCAGAAGGCAAGACGAAAGUGUCAGAGAAGGCAAUCGUCCUCUGUUCCCACUGCGGGCAGACCUUCCAACGGCGCUCUAGCUUAAAGCGUCACCUGCGGAUUCACGCUAAGGGCAAGGAUCAGCAGUCCUCGGAAGACCCCGGCAGCCCUAGCUCUCGCCAGGAGAGCAAGCCCUAUGUGUGUAGUGACUGUGGCAAGGCCUUCCGACGAAGCGAGCACCUGAUGAGCCACAAGCGAGUCCAUACCGGCGAACGACCCUUUUCCUGCCAGGUCUGUGGUCGCUGCUUCACCCAAAGUUCCCAGCUGAUCAGCCACCAGCAGGUGCACACAGGUGAGAAGCCUCACGCUUGUCCCCAGUGCAACAAACGCUUUGUGAGACGUGCAAGCCUUGCCCGCCAUCUGUUGACCCACGGUGGCCUCCGGCCUUACCGCUGUGCCCAGUGUGGCAAAAGCUUCAGCCAAAUGCAAGACCUGACUCGCCACCUGCUCAGCCACACAGGAGAGAAGCCCUGCCGAUGCAGCGAGUGCGGAGAGAGGUUCAGCCAGAGUGCCCACCUGGCACGCCACCAACGCAUCCACACCGGGGAGAAGCCCCACGCCUGUGACACCUGUGGUCACCGCUUCCGCAACAGCUCCAACUUGGCCCGCCACCGCCGCAGCCACACGGGCGAACGGCCCUAUAGCUGCCCAACCUGCGGCCGCAGUUUCCGGCGCAAUGCGCACCUGCAACGCCACCUGAUCACACACACCACAUCCAGGCAAGAGAUGGAAGAGCCGCAGGAAUGCCCGGAGUGUGGCAAGAGCUUCAGUCGCAGCUGCAACUUGCUGCGCCAUCUGAUGGUUCACACAGGUGCAAGGCCUUACUCCUGUGCUCUGUGUGGCCGUGGCUUCAGCCGCAAUUCGCACCUACUACGCCACCUGCGAACCCAUGCCCGGGAGACGCUGUACUAGCUUCACCCAUGCUCCAGCAGCCCUGUUCUAUACGCACCUCCCUGCAUGAGUAAGAGUGCCUGUGAACGUUCCCUUCACACAUGCCUCCUCUUGGUUCCUCCACGUUCUGCGUCCCCCCACCUUUGACCUCUUUUCCCUGACCUUACGAAUGUGUUUUCGGAUGCUUUAAGUAAA